AUGGAACAAACCAAUGGUCAACAGAUGCAAGUACAGUUAACACAACAAAUUGAUUAUUUUUUAAAAACUAUUGAAAAUGAUGUUCGAAAUUCAAAGACACUGACUGAUAUCAAGUAUAAAAAGCAAUGUUUAUCUGUCUGUCAGAAAGUUCGUUUUGAAAUGUAUCAGAUACAACUUGAGUUAGUACAACAAACGAAAUUAAAAGUAGAGAAAGCACUUUUAUUACCAGAAACUAAUGAAAAAUCUCGUCAAGAUCUCUACGAAACAUGGCAGAUGGUUUUUGAUUCAAUGACUGAACGUUCAGAUCAAAUUGGUGGUCCUAUUCAAUUGUUAUUGAAAAAUAUUUGUGAUAAUGAUACUGAUUUGAAAGAGAAAUAUUCACCUUUAUUUCUACUUGGUUCUGGUACUGUAAUUAUGUUACUUGUACUAGCUGUAGUCAGUCCAGUAGCACUUGUCAUUCCAUCGUUGUCUCCAUGGUUAGUAACACUUGGCUUUAAUAGUGUGGCUGCUGUUGUUGCAGCUGUGACUGUUGCGACGAAAAUUAUUUAUUCUAAGAGUGAAAGCUGCUCCACAAGAGAAGAUAGUGCAUCUGUUAUCGAUGGGUCUAAGGUACAAGAAUUUGCUUUGAAACUAAAUGACUUAGUCAAUACAAGCAAAACGGAGCAGCACGUAUGGUUUUCAAAUGAGUUAUUAGAAAACCUAUUGAAUGAUUUGAAAAGUACUGAAAUAAGACUGAAUGAAUUACAAGCAGUACAAAAUAACUGGACCAUUAUUUGCCAGCCACACAGUUUAGUUUACCAAUGA